GCCACAUUGAACUACUCUACGUGACACAAAUGUCUGGACACAAUAAAAUAUGAAAGGAUUUUUCUGUCCACAUAUAAAUCAGUGUAAAUAAAGAGGCAUUUCCUGAUCACAGCCGUGUCCGGUGAAGAACCAAAGCCUUCAUGCAAUCCGCGCACUUCAGCAGCGGACCCUUCAGUGCACCAGUUUUAUAAAGUGAUCUCGCGCCGAAACCGAAACAAAGCGCAAAGUUGAUUGAUCGCGGAAGUUUUCUCGACUUGAUCAGACUAGAGAUCUGGUGAAAUCCAAAGCGCGAUGCCAGCAGCCCAUGACGGCUGAGACACAUUAGAGCCUCGCCGCAUUUCUCUCGCCAAUGCUGGAAUGGACGCGGCUGAGCCUCAUCGACGCGCCUCUCUCCGGAGCACCAGCUCGAACUAGACCUAAAACGCGCAUUUAAGGCUGUUUGGGUUCUUUUUCUCGCUCGGACCGUUGUUGAAGUUUUCUGUGAGAAACAUGUAACAGGCGUUGGACGCCUCUGGACCAUGUCCACCUUUCCAAGCCUUGACUGGUGCGCGCCAGAGUCCCUCAUCAUCCCAUGGUCAAUGUGUGUGAACAGGCCUGCUGUCUGUGUGACUGUAAUGCUGCUGCUCGCAGCGGCCCACAGUAAACGUGCAUGUGAUUAUUCUGCGAUCAUCAGCACCUACAGGGCUCUUAUCCUGGUUGAGCUCCAAAACCUGAAUCUGACUGGUUCAUUUGACUUAUCAAAAGAAAAGGACCACUGUCCGUCUGAGAAGGUUCACCGUAUCCUGCGAUAUAUUUAUAAUAUGACCCACAUCUUCAGCUGCUUGAGUGAACGGCAGAGACUCCCGCAUGCAGACCGCAUGACGAAGGUGGUGGAACAAAUGGAGCUGCUCAUCAUGCGAAACUGCCGCAAACCAGAGAGACUGGCAAGUAGACGGAAAAAAGCAUCUUGCAAACCAGGGAAGAAACGAAAAGGAAGACAGCAGCGGAGAAUGAAAAUGAUGGGCAUGCUUAUAAACUGCUGGCAGAGGUUGCUGAGUGUGACCGCUUAUUAAAUUACAGCAUACACAGGUCUCAGUUCAGCUCCACUACACAUUAUUUAAAACAAUAUGCACAAUAACUUUCCCUUUAUCCUUAUUUAUUCACUUUCACUUUUUAAUAAAAAAGAAACACCAAGUGUUUUGUAUAAUACUCCUUCAGUCAAAUAAUAAGCUGAGAUUGUGUCGAACACAUAAGACACUGUAUGGUUAUAUGUUUCUACUUCUGGUUGUAUAUCUUUUAUUUGAUAGCACUAUAUGAUUUAUGUAUAACAAGUUUAAAAGUCUAUUCAUGUUAAACAGUUACAUGCACGGUUAGAUGCACAUAUAUACUUGGACACUCACAUCUGGUGCUGCACAUUGAGCCAAAACUACAACUCUUAAUAAUUUAAAGUUGACAACGUUAUUCAUGUUCUCGUGGUUCAAACACUAAUAAUUGUACAUUCACAACAUAAUUACUCAAAAUAAGCUGUCUCGGUAACUUAUCUUCUACCUUUUCAGUGGAUUCAUCUUUUAAAAUGUGUGUUGGGUAGAAGAAGUUGCUUGUUUGUCUGAAUUACGUUGAAGUUUUAUUGGAUAGUAAUAGAUGCUGUUUUGGAAACUGUCAGACAUCAAUUUGCUGCUUUGGUGCUGCUGAUUUGUCUUGUUUUGUUGAUUCCUUCUAUAAGUCCACUUUUUCUGUAGGUAGAUUUAAAAAAUAAAUUAAUAAAAACUCUGA